AUGCCUGGUGAAGCCACAGAACCUGUCCCUGCCACAGAGCAGGAGUUGUCACAGCCCCAGACUGAGACAGGGUUUGGAACAGAAUCUGACAGUGAUGACUCAGUACCAGAGCUUGAGGAACAGGAUUCCACACAGGCAACCACACAACAGGCCCAGCUGGCAGCAGCCACUGAAAUCGAUGAAGAACCAGUCAGUAAAGCAAAACAGAGCCAGAGUGAAAAGAAGGCACAGAAGGCUAUGUCCAAACUGGGUCUUCGACAGGUUACAGGGUUUACAAGAGUCACUAUCCGGAAUUCUAAGAAUAUCCUCUUUGUCAUCACAAAACCAGAUGUCUACAAGAACCCAGCUUCAGAUACCUAUGUAGUUUUGGGGGGAGCCAAGAUUGAGGAUUUAUCUCAGCAAGCACAACUAGCAGCUGCUGAGAAAUUCAGAGUUCAAGGUGAAGCUGUCUCAAACAUUCAAGAAAACACACAGACUCCAACUGUACAAGAGGAGAGUGAAGAAGAAGAGGCUGAUGAAGCUGGUGUACAGGUAAGUACAUAG